AUGCGUGCUGUUAUUCAACGCGUUCUUCGAGCUAGUGUUCGUGUUGGUGAUAAUAUAAUUAGUUCAAUUGAUCGUGGUUUAUGCGUAUUAAUCGGUAUUGCGAAUGAUGAUGAUCAAAACGAUAUUGAUUAUAUUGUAAAAAAAUUACUUUCAAUACGUUUAUGGCCAUCAGUUGAUGGAAAUAGAAAUUGGAAUCGUAAUGUUGUUGAUUUAGAUUUUAGUCUUUUAUGUAUAAGUCAAUUUACAUUACAUGCAACAUUAAAAGGAACAAAACCAGAUUUUCAUUUAUCAAUGUCAGGUGAACAAUCGAAAAUAUUAUAUGAAAAAUUAUUAGAUCAAUUAAAACAAACCUAUAAAUCAGAGAAAAUUUUUGAUGGACAAUUUGGUGCGAUGAUGAAUGUAAAUAUUGAAAAUGAUGGUCCAGUAACAAUUAUUCUUGAUAGUCGAUCGAAAAAGUCCAAUGCAACUGCCGACGACGAAUAG